UCGGCUCAGCCUGACUAGUUGAUGUGUGAUGUUAAGAUUUUGAGUUCUAACUACUGUUUAAGUUAAUUGUAAAUGCCUGAGUGAAAAAAAGUCAACCGUUUAUUGUUGGCAUUUGCCAAUAUUGUUGGAUAUUUUUUAACUGUAUAUAUACUAUUAUUUUAGUUGGACGAGAAAUGAAUAAUUCUCAGUUUGCACAAGAGCGUCCAACACAACAUUAUGGCGCUCCUCCAACAUCACAACAAAACGGUCAACAUAAUACACCAUCGAGCAAUGUACCAUCUUAUAACCAGACUGAAGGACAGUUGAAUGAUCAAUUUUCACAACUGGGAUUUAAUAAUAGACCUUCACUACCACCUGUUCAAAAUAAUACUUUGUCGAGUAAUAUUAGUAACUUUUCAAAUGGACCACAAGUAAAUACUUCGCAAUCAUAUUCACCUGCUGAUUUUAAUAUUGAAUUGACUGGGCCUCCUAAGCAAUUUUCUUCAUCAGUACCUUUCGGAGGAAGUUCCAAUCAAAAUUCUUCAGAUAAUUUUCAAGACAAAACUAAUAAUUCGAUACCACAAUCUGCUUUUCCCGGAAAUAGUAUUCAAUCAAAUAUUCAUGAUGGAAUUAUUAAUCAAGAGUCAAAAGAUUUUAAUAAUGGCACUCCAAAUAAUUUAAGUGAGGCAAUGUAUGGGGAAUCUAAUGAAUUUAGUACAAAUACCUCAAAUUUGGUUUCAAAUCAAAUUGGUUCUGGAUUAAGUUCAUCUCAACCAAUUCAAUCAGCUUUUUCUGUUGUUUCUCCUCAAUCUCGUUUUCAGAGAUCGGAUCCAAGCAAUGUUCAACAACCACAAUUGGUUGAAAAUGUUCCAUCCCAAUCAGAUUUAUCUACACAAAAAUUAGAGUAUCAAUCAAAUUAUCCGCCACAACAAUCAAAAGCGUCACUUCAACAGUCAGAUUUUCUGCCACCGUCCAAUUUAAUAUCUCAGUCAGAUUUUACAAGACAACCUAAUUCAUCACCACAGCAUCCAGGUUUUCCGUCUCAACCCAAUUCAACACUGCAGCAGCCAGGUUUUCCGCCACAACCUAAUUCAACAUCGCAACAACCAGGCUUUCCACCUCAACCCAAUUCAACACUGCAGCAGCCAGGUUUUCCGCCACAACCUAAUUCAAUAUCGCAACAGUCAAAUUUUCCAUCACAACCCAAUUCUACACUGCAGCAACCAGGUUUUCCACCACAACCCAAUUCAAUAUCGCAGAAACCAGGCUUUCCACCUCAAUCUAAUUCAGCUUUGCAGCAGCCAGGUUUUCCGCCACAACCUAAUUCAACAUCGCAACAACCAGGCUUUCCACCUCAACCUAAUUCAGCUUUGCAGCAGCCAGGUUUUCCACCACAACCUAAUUCAAUAUCGCAGAAACCAGGCUUUCCACCUCAACCCAAUUCAACUUUACAUCAACCAGGUUUCCCACCACAGCAACCAGGUUUUCCACCUCAACCCAAUUCAACUUUGCAGCAGCCAGGUUUUCCGCCACAACCUAAUUCAACAUCGCAACAACCAGGCUUUCCACCUCAACCCAAUUCAACACUGCAGCAGCCAGGUUUUCCGCCACAACCUAAUUCAACAUCGCAACAACCAGGCUUUCCACCUCAACCCAAUUUAAUAUCACAGCAACCAGGUUUUCCACCUCAACCCAAUUCAACUUUGCAGCAGCCAGGUUUUCCAAAACAACCUAAUUCAAUAUUGCAGCAGCCAGGCUUUCCACCUCAACCAAAUUCAACUUUGCAGCAGCCAGGUUUCCCCCCACAACCUAAUUCAACACCACGGCAACCAGGUUUUCCACCACAACCUAAUUUGACACCACAGCAAUCAGGCUUUCCCCUUCAACCCGAUUCAACACCGCAGCAGCCUAAAAUUCUACCACAACCUAAUUCCAUACCGCAGCAGCCAGGUUUUCCUCAACGACCAAAUUCAACUUUGCAGCAGCCAGGUUUUCCACCACAACCUAAUUCAAUAUCGCAGCAGCCAGGCUUUCCACCUCAACCCAAUUCAACUUUGCAGCAGCCAGGUUUUCCACCACAACCUAAUUCAAUAUCGCAGCAGCCAGGCUUUCCACCUCAACCCAAUUCAACUUUGCAGCAACCAGGUUUCCCACCACAACCUAAUUCAACAUCACAGCAGCCAGGUUUUUCACCACAACAGCCAGGUUUUCCACCACAACCUAAUUUAACACUACAGCAGCCAGGAUUUCCACCACAACCUAAUUCAACACUACAGAAGCCAGGAUUUCAACAACAACCCAAUUUAGUAUCACAACAAUCAGGUUUUUCACCUCAACAGCAACAAGGCUUUUCUCUUCAGCCAGGAAGUUUACCAUCUCAACAAAUGGGUUUUCCUUCUCAGACAGGUAAUUUGCCACCACGACAAGCAGGUUACCCACCUCAACAGCCAGGCUUAACAUCUCAACCAGCUCAACAACCUGGAUAUUCACAGCAACAUAAUGGUUUUCAUCCUCAGCAACCUAAUUAUCCACCUCAACAAUCUGGUUAUCCACCUCAACAACCUGGGUAUCCUCCUCAACAACUUGGUUUUAAUCAAGGUACACCAGCUUAUAUGGGUCAGCCAGCUCCAAGUAGGAGAUUAGAUCCUGAUCAAAUGCCAAGUCCAGUACAAGUUAUACAAGAUGACCAACAAAGUAAAAGUGGUUUAUUUUUAACUAAUCAAAGAGGUCUAGUACCCCCUUUAGUUACUACAGAUUUCACUGUGCAAGAUUCUGGUAAUGCAUCACCUAGAUUAAUAAGAUCAACUAUGUAUUGUGUACCUACUACAACAGACAUUAUGAAACAGACUUCUGUACCAUUUGGAUUAGUUAUCAGUCCAUUAGCAAAAAUAAAACCCGAUGAGUAUCCUUUGCCUAUUAUAAAUACUGGUGAAAUUGGACCAGUUAGAUGUAAGAGGUGUAAAGCUUACAUGAGUCCAUUUAUGCAGUUCAUUGAUGGUGGAAAACACUUUACUUGCCUUUUAUGUAAAGCUACAACAGAAGUACCAGUUGAAUAUUUUCAACAUUUGGAUCAUACUGGUCAACGGCUUGACCGUUCUGAAAGGCCUGAAUUAUGUUUUGGCUCAUAUGAAUUUAUUGUUCCAAAAGAAUAUUGUAGGAAAGAAAUUCAACCAAAACCUCCUGCAUAUAUAUUUGUAAUAGAUGUUUCUUAUAAUAAUAUUAAAUCUGGACUUGUUCGGCUCAUAUGUGCUUUCAUGAAAGAGCUAUUAACUCAAUUACCAACUGAGUUGGGAAAUGAAAAAAGUAAAAUACGUGUUGGUUUUAUAACUUAUGAUACAACUGUUCAUUUUUACAAUAUUAAGGAGACAUUAGCUGUUCCUCAAAUGAUGAUUGUCGGUGACACUUCUGAAGUAUUUAUGCCAUUGUUGGAUGGGUUCUUAUGUGAUCCAGAACAAUCAUCUCAAGUUAUUGAUGUACUUAUGGAACAAAUUCCCACUCAGUUUAAUGAAACAAGGACUACUGAAACUAUUCUUUUACCAGCAAUAAAAGCAGGAAUGGAGGCAUUGAAGAAUGCAGAUUGUUGUGGUAAAUUAUUUGUAUUCCAUUCAUCUUUGCCAAUAGCAGAAGCUCCAGGUAAACUUAAGAAUCGCGAAGAUCGAAAACUACUUGCCACUGAUAAAGAAAAAACUAUUCUGAAUCCACAAACUAAUGUGUAUAAAGAAUUGGGAGAAGAGUGUGUUCAAGUUGGAUGCAGUGUUGAUUUAUUUAUCACUAAUAACUCUUAUAUUGAUUUACCUACAAUUGGUCAAAUUUCUAAAAUUAGUGGAGGUGAAAUUUUUAAAUACACAUAUUUCCAAGCUGAAGUAGAUGGUCAACGGUUCUUAUCUGAUUUAAAACAUGAUAUUAGCCGACCAACUGUUUUUGAUGCUGUAAUGCGAGUACGAACAUCUACUGGUACUCGUCCUACUGAUUUUUAUGGGCAUUUUUUUAUGUCAAAUUCUACCGAUGUUGAAUUAGCUGCUAUUGAUUGUGAUAAGGCUAUUGCAAUUGAAGUGAAACACGAUGAUAAGCUUGAUGAACAAGAUGGAGUAUUGGUACAAACAGCCAUGUUAUACACAUCUUGUAGUGGUCAAAGACGUGUGCGUAUAUUAAAUCUAUCAUUACGUUCUAGUGGACAAAUGGGUGAAUUAUAUCGUAGCUGUGACUUAGAUACAAUAAUGAAUUUCUUUGGAAAACAAGUUAUGUACAAAAUAUUGGAAAGUUCUGGACGACAAGUAAAGGACGCAAUUACUAAUAAGACUGCUCAAAUAUUAGCUACUUAUAGAAAGCAUUGUGCAUCACCAUCUUCAGCUGGUCAACUUAUAUUGCCUGAAUGCAUGAAACUUAUGCCUCUAUAUGUUAAUUGUUUGAUUAAAUGUGAUGCAAUGUCUGGUGGUCCUGAUAUGACAGUUGAUGAUCGUUGGUUUAACAUGCAUCUUGUUAUCACUGCGGAUAUACCUACAACAUUGGGUUAUUUCUAUCCACGCCUGAUUCCUAUUCAUACACUUGCUGAUGAAAAACUAUUGGAUGAUGUUUCAAUACCAGAUCAAUUGAGGUGCUCUUUUGAGAAGUUUGCAGAAAAUGGAGCUUAUAUUUUGGAAAAUGGAGUUUAUAUGUUUUUGUGGCUUGGUAUGGGUCUAAGUCAAACAUUCUUGUCAGACGUGUUUGGUGUUCAGAACAUAACGUAUGUUGAUACUGAACAUUCUGCUAUUCCCGUGUUGGAUAAUCCACUCAACAAAGCUGUUCGUCAAGUGUUGUCUAAAAUUCAAAAAGAACGAAGUCACACUAUGCGACUUUCAAUUAUACGCCAGAAAGAUAAAAUCGAAACUGUUAUGAGACAUUUCUUAGUUGAAGAUCAUGGCAUUGACAAUAGUUCAUCUUAUGUAGAAUUUCUGUGUCACAUGCAUAAGGAAAUUCGCAAUUUGCUCAGUUAGCACACACAAAAAUGGUAAUUGGUAGGGGUCAAUGUGGGAUUAACACCAAUACAAUUACUUGAAUUACUAUAUGAUUACUUAUUGUUUUGUCUAUACUGCACGAUUGUUAUGUUACAUUUGUAAUUUUUAAUGAUGUAUACACAGUCAUAGAAAUAUCUGUUGUUAUUAUAUUUAUUAUAUUAUUUUUUGAUUUUAUUAUGAUUAUAUUUGAAAUUCUGCCGUUUU